UUCAAAUCGCUUUAGGGUCGAGCCCCACACAGUUCAAGUCUUUACAACUAAACGGUUCAUUAACAGUCACGGAUUUACGAAAUUGAAAAAACAAGGAGAUCCAACCAUGUCAGAGAGCCCGAAACCCGUUAAAAAAGUGCCCAUUCAUUUGCAGAGCGCCCAGAAUCGAGUUUACAUUCGAAACGGCGAAAUUGUGAAUCACGACAGAAGCUUCAAGGCAGACGUGUACAUUGAGGAUGGCAUUAUUAAAUUUGUGGGACCGGCAAGUGAGAUUACAAUUCCCGGAGGUGUGCGCACCAUCGAUGCAACAGGACGGUUGAUUUUGCCGGGGGGUAUUGACCCUCAUACACAUAUGCAACGCCCUGUGGGCGACACUGUCGCUGUGGAUGACUUUUACCGCGGCACCAAAGCGGCUGUUGCCGGAGGCACAACUAUGAUAAUUGACUGUGUGCUGCCCAAGAAACAUGAAUCCUUGGUGGAGGCCUAUGACAAGUGGCGUAGCUGGGCAGAUCCGAAAGUCUGCUGUGAUUAUGGUCUCCAUGUGGGCAUCACCUGGUGGUCUAAGUCUGUGUCUGAAGAGGUUGCCAUACUAUGCAAGGAACUGGGUGUCAACUCGCUUAAGAUGUUCAUGGCGGACAAAGGUGUCUACAUGUUGAACGAUUCGGAACUCUUAGAUGUACUCGAAAAGAUUCGCAGCCUUAAUGGUGUGGCAAUGGUUCAUGCUGAAAAUGGCGAGAUUAUCGCUAAGAACACGAAGAAUUUAUUAGCCGAAGGUAUUCGAGGACCUGAGGGUCAUGAACUCUCUCGCCAGGAAGAAGUUGAGGCGGAGGCUGUUUUUCGUGCCUGCACUUUGGCUCAUCAGAUGAAAACCCCUUUGUAUGUGGCCGGUGUCACCAGCAAAUCCUCUGCUGAAAUUCUGGGUCGUGCUCGACGCAGUGGCUAUUGUGUCUUUGGCGAGACCUUGGCCAGAUCCAUUGGACUUAGCAUGAAUGGAGUGCGCAAAUCGGAGCGUAUCUAUUUUAUUACCAGCCCACCCAUUCGCAUGUCUCCCGAAACACCCAGGCAACUUAUGAAAUCCUUGGCUUACGAUGAUUUGCAAGUAACUGGCAGCGAUAACUGCACUUUUAACAAGAGCCAAAAGGAAGCUGGUUCAGGGGAUUUUACCAAAAUUCCAAAUGGCGUUAAUGGCGCCGAGGAUCGCAUGUCGCUGAUGUGGGAGAAAGGAGUACAUCAAGGACUGCUCGAUCCAUGCAGAUUCGUUGCAGUGACCAGCACAAAUGCAGCUAAAAUCUUUAAUAUUUAUCCACAAAAAGGGCGCAUUGCGGUUGGCUCGGAUGCUGAUCUGGUCAUAUGGAAUCCGCAGGCCACGCGCACCAUUUCCAAAGCAACCCAUCACCAUGCUAGCGACUACAAUAUUUUCGAGGGCAUGACUGUGCACGGUGUUCCGGAAUGUGUCCUGGUGCGUGGACGCGUCAGUGCGGAGAAUGGCGUGGUGCGUGUAGCCGAAGGAUUUGGUCGCUUUAUACCGAUGGCAGUGCGUCCGCCGUUUGUCUAUGACAUUAUCGAGGGAAAAGUGCAGCCAACUGAGGAGCCACCUCAAGAGGAAUAUCAUAAUGGUGGCUUGAGUAAAAAGUUUGCAGAGCUAGACAUUCAAAUACCGGCACAUGAGCCCAUCUCAGCAAUGAUCGCUGGCAAUUUACCGAUGCCAGGAGAGGGUUCUAUUUGCAGCACUCCCUCAAAUCGCGGCCGUGUCGAUGGCAAGCGUGAUUUGCAGGAAUCAUCAUUUUCAAUUAGCGAGGAACUCGAUAACUCGGGAGUGCGAUCCAGCAUUAAAGUAAAGAAUCCUCCUGGCGGUAAAUCUUCCGGAUUUUGGUAAAUUCCAGAAAAGAUGGAAUGAAACUCGCACAAUGCUCGACGAUUCAUAGAUCAUUAUAGCUUAGAUUUAUAUACUUAGCUUCAAUAGUAUUAUAAUAUUUCAUUCAUAUAUCUGCCAUUAAUUUGUAGCCCAAUCAGACUGAUUUAGCUGAAAUUUAUAUUUAGCAAAAGUUAAGAAUCUUUUUAAAUUGAAUCAAGUUAAUGUCGAUUCACUUAAACAAUGUGUUCACAGCAUUUAUCCUUUUCAACAAAAGAGGAAUUUUGUCCGAUUAUUUAUACGAGAAUUGUGCUGCAGUCAGACGUCAAUUUAAGGGAUUAUCUAAAAAACACUUCGUAGUCAGAGCUUAAAAGCCUUCAUAACCAAUCCACCGAUUUCAUAAGAUAACUUAAUCUUUGAGCGUAAAAUGUUCAAUAUUUGUAAUUUUUCAAAAGAUAAUAAUUGAAAAAAUCGAGAAUGGCAUAUUAACAUCCACAAUUUCCGAAAAACAAAGAAAAAACAAAAUGUAUUGUUUUGA